UUGCAAAACAGAAGAACGGAGUGAACGCCAAAAAAUGGCUUGGAAAAACGACGUUCUUGUGUUGAUAGCGCUAAUCUUUGCCGUUUCGUUCAAUCAAGCAGCAGGUCGUAGUUUGGACCGUCUGAAGCGCGAUGUGGUGACAGAUGGCAUCGAGGUGGAGCUGUCCACUUCCGGUGAGCAAAAUCGAGCAGCCAUUCCGGUGAUCAGCGAUAUUCAGCGGGUGGAGAAAAUAGCCGAUCUUUUGAUAUCUAUUGGUGAACGUGUGAUACCUGCGCUGCUCGAAGGUCUGGGCGAACAGGUCACGGCUGCUGCACCGGAACGAAGGCUUCUUCGCCACUUCGACAAAUCGUCUCCAGAACAAACAACAUUGUAGCCUGGCGUGAGCGAACGAAGAUCUUUAGGGAUAGCUGUACAAAGUCGGGAUAGAAGAUACAUAUAUGGACUACCUAUUUAUUAGCACCAUUCGUCAGGGACAUAAUUUAUACAAACUUUUUUUUUUCGAACAUAAUCAACCUAUAAACUGGUCUAACACUGUUCAUCACAUCUACAGUUCAAACGUUACGCCACCUUGUCUACGCCGCCUGUACAAUAGCCAUCGGUUGCUGCUUUUGACUCGACUUCGAGUACGCCAGAAACGUCGUCCAGAUGAGGCUGAAGAACCCGGCAAUGACAAUCUGGUUCUUAGGUCUAACGAGCGAAAAGUUCAACGUCUGCACCACCGGCCAGUAGAAGAAGCCCACCUUGUAAGUGUCCCAGAACUUCGCCCGAACCUCAUCGCCCGCUUCCCUCUGGGAUCGACGCUCCAGGAUGCUCAUGCCGUAGAAGAACAGCACGAUGGCGAACGGGUCGUACGCACCCUGUUCGGUGAACGCUUUCGCCAGCGAGGACCGAAGAUCCGUCCGGGGCCACAUGAUGUUGGCACAGCGCAUCCACGUGUAGAGCAUGGGGGCGGACACGAACGUGCCGUACAGGCUGUAACGAAGACAACGCUCCCAGUCAUAGUUUUUCAGCCGCUUACCCUCGAACGUUUGCUGAAUGAGACAUCCGAUGGGCCAGAGCGCCGAGUACGAUAUCAUGCCACGCAGAAUCUUGUACUCAUUGGUCACCUCUACGAUGAACUUCCACCACAUGUUGUUGUCCUCCGGGGGGGUGAGGCGAGGGUCGAGUUUAAUGCGCGAGAUUCUAAAAACAAAAGAACAAAACUGUAAAGAAACAAAAACCAAAAGUCAAAUGAGACACGCGUUCGAAGAACAAGGAGCAACACCCUGGUACCGCCGCGGUUCGAGCACGCUAUUACACCACCACUGGAGACAGCGAUGAAAAAUCAAUAAACUUAAAGUAGGCCACCAGCCAGUCGGUGGGUGAGUUGGUGCGAUGGGUGGUGGGUUGUGGACCGGGAGGGAGGCGCGCAAGUCCGCGACGACGCGUAAAGCAUCACACCUCCACAAGCGAACGGCCGCAUCAGCUGACUCGACGGCGCGGUGUUGAUGGUCAAAAAGCAAGUUCAA